UCACUUAUUUCGUGUCAUCGUUGCCUUCCUCCCUCUCUACCCUGUGCAACACUACGCUACCAUGUCACUUCACAGUGCACCCACUGUGGUAGACUCGAAGAUGGACCUCGAGAGCCAAGAGUUGAGCGCUUCGACCGCCAUGAGCAGUCGACAAGUGAGCCUCCAAACGCAAUGUGAGCCGUCAUUGGACACCGCGGACGACGUUUCCUGUACCGGCACUUCCUACGGAGACGAGAAAGACGAUGAAAGCGCUUCCGAAGAGUCGAUUGCAGGAUACGAGAAUCAGUUGGUUGGAUACUCCAAAGUCCUCGUCAUUUCCGUACUCCUCAUGUUUGCGCUUUCCAUGGGACACAUCGCGUUUCUCUUGGUGCGCGGAAAAGAGAGGCGGGAUCUAGAAAAUCACUUCCAGGCGGUCAGUUCUGAGGUCGCUAGACUGGGCCAGGAAAAGGCUCAGCAGAUCUUUCACAGAUUGGAGUCCCUCAGUGCUUCCAUCACGUUCCAUGCCGAAGCAGGCGACCUGGCAUGGCCUUUUAUCGUCCUUCCGGACUUUUACAGCUACACCCUCCCGCUUGUCACUGGUGACCGACCGCUGCUUUCCACCAUCUCCCUCCAUCCUAUGGUCCACGACCAGCAACGGAAGGCAUGGGAAGAAUUCUCCCAGUACACUUACCAACAAUGGUUUAGGGAAAGUCACUUGUACGAGUCUCAGGUCCUCGCCACGCACAGCCAUGAAUCCCCAAGCCUUGUCACCAAGAAUCCUACGGACGCUAGCUGGAACCUAUCUGACACUUGUCCUCAUAUUUGGAUGGGAGCCAACGACACCCUGUCAACUGCAUCCACCCAUAACACCAGUUUGAGCCACUUCUGUUUGCCAUCUACAACUUCUCCUUCCUACUUCCCAUUCUGGCAACAUGCUCCAUUGUCAGGCUACAAAGCUUCUUUGGUAAAUCUUGACGCCUCCACUCAAUCUCCUUUCAAUGAUGGAACCAUCAUAGACACCGUCAUUGGAGAUGGGCGGCCAGUCUUGACGGAUACUUUCGACUUGAGUCCUAUGCAGUACAACCUCAGUGAUUCUGAUCGAUCCAUUCCACACACAACCGAGCUCAAGGAACCCCACGUUUACGUUCUCCAGUCGGUGCAAGAUCGGCUGAAGGGAGAUGACAGCAAGAACUCCACAGUGGUGGCAUUCCUCGCUGCAUCCAUGCGCUGGGGAGCCCUCUUUGAAGAAUUGUUACCAACCUACUACGAAACGGGAAUCAUGAUUGUCACCAAGAGUUCCUGUAAGUCCGACGACUACAGACACACCUACCUUCUCAAGCAAGGCAAGGUCCAGUUCCUUGGUCACGAGGAUCUUCAUCCCCGAGUCAGAGCGCUGAGAAUGCCCAUGAUCCCUCAAUUCGAUAUCAUGCCCCAGGGUACGGGGGCUGGUAUGGAGAUGAUGAAUGAGACAACCUCCAGCGGUGACAUCCACCCCGGGUGCCGCUACACGAUGAAAGUGUAUCCCUCGAAUGAUUGGCAAGACCACUACUACACACGCUACCCAUUCUUUUAUGCCCUCGCCGCCGUUGGCUGCUUCAGUCUGUCCUGUAUCAUGUUUCUAUUCUAUGAAUGGCACGUUCAGGUGCGGCAAGAUGCCGUUAUGGAUGCGGCUACCCGAACCAACAAACUUGUCUCCAACUUGUACCCUACCUCCGUGAAGAAUAAGCUCUUGGAAGAGGUUGACAGGACCAACCACACGAAUACAGAAGCAACUUGGGGCAAGACAAAGAGAUUUGGAACAGGGCGGCAAAGCUUUCAACGCAAAUCCAAACUGGACGGAUCCGAGACCUCAGCAACCGGUGCCAGCGAACAGCUGUUUGGGUCCGACCCCAUUGCGGAGCUAUUCCCAGAGAGUACCAUCAUGUUUGCUGACCUUGCAGGCUUCACUGCAUGGAGCAGUAAGAGAACCCCGACAGAAGUGUUUAUCCUCUUGGAAAACUUGUAUCAUGCAUUUGACGAAGUUGCUCGACGAAGAAAAGUAUUCAAGGUCGAAACUAUUGGUGACUGCUACGUUGCCGUUUGCGGUGUUCCGUCACCAAACAAGCAACACGCAGUUGUCAUGGCCCGCUUUGCGACGGAUUGCCGCCGCCGAAUGAUUGAGUUAGUCUCGGGUGAGCUUCAAACCAAGCUCGGCGAUGACACGAACAGCCUGGCCCUUCGGACGGGUCUUCACAGCGGCAGCGUCACAGCUGGUGUCCUUCGUGGGGACAAAAGCAGGUUCCAGCUCUUUGGCGAUACAAUGAACACAGCAUCGAGGAUGGAGUCGACAGGAACCAAGGGCAAGAUCCAAUGCUCUUCUGCGACCGCUUCCCUUCUGGCUGCGGCUGGGAAGAAGUCGUGGCUGCGUCCCCGAGAAGAAAAGGUGCACGCCAAAGGAAAGGGUACAAUGGAAACGCAUUGGUUGGAAAUCAGUGCUCGGUCGAACAGCGCCUCUUCAGGUAGCGGUAUCGGGGAUAUGGACUCCCAAAGAAUUGAAUGAGCGUGAGAUGAUAUGAAAUGAUCAUUCCUCAAGCCAGGAACUGUGAUCAAUCUUCGAGGGGUUACAUGAUAUGCAUGAUAGACAUCAUUAUUUGGAGCUUGUUAUCCACGUUCCACGUUCCACGCCACGCAACCAUAACGAACUACUAGUAGUUGGCGUGCUGUACCAGCUAGCUAGUAGUAGUUGGUUAGCCGGAGGGAAAUAAGAUCCUGCAGCCAGGUACCAUGGUACACGCGUAUGCAGCCACUUCCGCGGGCUUGUUUUUGCGUCUUGUCGCCACACUGGCUGGGGAUACCGGUACUACUAGUAGGCUCCAGCCACCAUGGCCAGCACCAUAGCAAAAGCAGUGCCAGCUUUGAAGCGAUCGAAUCGAAUCGAUAAU